AAAUUCAAAUCAGUCAGGAUUAUUAUCGAAAAUGUAUUUGCAAGAAUUAAAAGAUUUUCAAUUACAAGCAAUUCUUUAAGAUAUAAAUUUAAACAAGGAACUUUUCAUAUUGAUAAUGUUUUAAAAAAACAUCAUAUGAUAUGGUGUAUUGUUGCAUUUUUAGUUAAUUGUUAUUCAGAAAUUAGAAAUAAUAUCAUCGAGGACAACGAAUUAUUAAUUGAAUAG